AUGACAGUGAAAUAUAAUCUGGAUGUAUCGACAUCUCGCCCCUGGACCCUGUUUAAAUUGCUAUUUCGCUGGCGCGGAAGUGUUUGGAAAUCAGUUGCAUUUGAGCUUGCAGUUUGGCUGUUGAUUUAUUUUACUAUCGGAGUCAUUUAUCGCAAAGCUCUGCCGUAUCAGCAAACCAGGGAUUUUGAAAAGUUCGCGCAUUAUUUGGAUGAAAAGAUGGGUCAUAUCCCGCUUGAUUUCAUGCUCGGCUUUUUUGUCACAUCUGUUCUCAAUCGCUGGGUUACUUUUUUCAAUAACAUUGGAUACAUUGACAACGUAGCACUGAUGACUGCCGCGUAUGUGCGUGGUGAAGAUGAAAGAAUGCGUAAAAUGCGUCGCAACAUCGUUCGAUUCUGCGUGCUCGCGCAAGCACUGGUUUUUCGCGACAUUAGUAUGAAAGUGCGCAAACGAUUUCCAACAUUGGAUGCGGUCGUCGCAGCUGGCUAG